GCUUGUUCACAAUUCAUGUUUAGCUGUAACGUUAGUUUGCUAAUAUAUCGUUUAAGACUUAUGCCUACAUAUUUACCAUAUAAUUAUGGUGGGGCAGUUGGUUUCCGUGAACUAAACGUGUCCGUAAUAUGCUAAAAUGUUAUUUCUCCGUUUGAAUUGUUAGCCAGCCAGCUAAUGUAGCUAGCUAGCUUAUGUUAUUCGAACUUGGAGUUAACGUUACUUAGCAAACCAUUGAGGGAGAGGACUAUAAGGACAUCCACUCUCCCACGAUGGACUCAGACAUACUGAAUAUAGAGGAGAUAGUGAUGGGGAAGGGGCCACCGGAUCCCCCUGCAGAACUGACCACUGAGAAACCAGCGGAACCCUACAAACCCAUUUCCUCCUUCAAAGCACCGCCUCCACCCACCAUUCAACCAUACCAGCAUGAGAACCUGCAGUGUUUCCAGUGCUUCAUCACAUUUUGUAACUCCAAAGCCAAGGAGAGGCACAUGAAGAAGAGCCAUCGCGAGGAGUACAAGCAGCAGCUCCAGCAGGGAGAUACUCUGUUCACCUGUUAUGUGUGUGACCGUACCUUUCCGUCCUCGGAGGAGCUGACCCAGCACCAGGGCUCACACAACAAGGAGGACAAGCCCUUCAAGUGUCCCCACUGCCAGGAGAGCUUCCGUACCUUCUCUGAGCUGACGACCCACAGGAGACAGGUCUGUCCAGAGAGGCAGUUUGUGUGUAAGGACUGCAGUGAGACCUUCCGCAGCCCUGCACUCCUUCGUACCCACCGCCUGGCCCAGCACCCCCGUCCAGAGGCAGAGGUGGAAGAGCCAGAUGACCCUACCAAGACCCACCGCUGUGGGAAGUGCAACCGGGGCUUCGAAACGGAGUCUGAGCUAAUAAUGCACCAGGAGAACCACGCCGGUGACCAGCAUUGCAACGGCGGCGCCUCGCCAGCCAAGAAGCGCGGACGGCCCAUUAAAGCAGAGGACGCAGCGGUCGGAGAGAAGAAAGGGAAGAGGAGGAAGAAGAAGGAAGAGGGGACAGAGGAGGCUGAGACUGGAAACAAUGCAGAGGAGGCUGCAGCAGCUCCGGCUGAGACCAAGGGGAAAGCAGCAGCCGGCGGCAGACGGGGUCGUCCUAAAGCAACAGCAGGCGAGGAGGCCAGAGAAGACGACAGUGAAGUCCCAGCAGAGGAGAAGAAACCCAAGGCGGCUCCCGCUCCGCCCAAGCAGCACCCCUGCCCUGAGUGUGAGCUCACGUUCCAUGCCCUGGCCCAGCUCCGCGCCCACAAGAAGGAAAAGCACACCCCACGUAAGGCCCACCCCUGCGAGGAGUGUGAGGAGAGCUUUGCCCGUGCCGAGCAGCUAGAAGCCCACAAGAACCGGGCACACACCAAGGGGCGUUACGCCUGCCCUACCUGUGGCAAGAGCUUUGGCCGAGAGAGCAACCUGAAGGCCCACCAGCAGAGCAGCCACCCGGAGGAGGAGGAGAAAGAGGCAGCGGGCCGCAGCAAGAGAUAAUUCAGAAUGGGGAAGGGGGGUUUUCUGUAAAGGGAUUGGGGAGGGGACGAAGAAUCGGAGAGGGAUUUUAAAGAAUUAGAAUUUGGUCAAGGGUUUUUGUUGGUGUGAGGUUGGGCGUGAAAUUUAGAUCAUGAGUUUGGAGUGUUUUUAGAAUGUGAGAAAGACGGGUGAGGAAUUUCUUGCAGGAUUUUUAACAGGUGAGCUGAGAUGUCCCACUGAUUGUUCAGCAUUUGCCAUUUUUGGGUUGUGUUAGGGUGUUCAAGGCACACAUCACGCUUGGAAUGACUGACUUACUAACCAAAAGAUGUAAGCCGUUGUUAAACCCAUCUGUCAUACACCUGUGUCUUAUCUGGACUAAGAACAACAGCAAUUAGUUUUGGGCAUCAUGUUUGUUCCCUCAUUUUUGUUUUGAUUAAUAUCUUUUAAAUGAUUAUCAUGAUAAUUGAGUGUUACUGUUUUUACAUUUUUUAGAGGUGUUUGUGUGAAAAGGUGUGUGUAAAAUGGCUUUCAUGCUGUCUGACACAUGGCGCUUUUCUUGUUUGUUUUAUCAUUUUUAUAUUGCUAAGUGUUCUGUAGUAGCAGAUGAAAUGCAACCACCGUGCAUUUUAUAAAACCUGUUGAGGAUAUUUACUAUUUGAAAGAGAUUUUUGUGAAAAGUAAACAUGGAUUGGAAUGUUUGGGAGUUGCAAUUUCUAAGAGACAUUAUGUUUCUAUAUAUGGUUUCUGGUUCAUGUAGUGGUGCAUUGUCAUGCCAAACUGUUUCAAUUAUGAUUAACUUCUAAAUUAUACUGCUAUUGUUAAAUGCACAGAGUAUAAAAAUAUCAAAAUGUAUUUCUCCACUAAGUUAGUUUCGUUUAGGCCCAAUGGUUCUUUGGUGUCAUGCAUAGAUUUUCACGUCAUCCUAAACAAUGGUUGUAAUGUAGACUAAUAGUCAAUGACUCGAUUUAGGAGAAUCCUGCCACCAGCUACACCUUGUCACCUGUAUUUUUGAUUUGUUAGACAUAAUUGAAAUGUCAUAAAUAUUCUAAUGAACUUUACAUAAAUGAUUUGUCUUAAGUUUGGCAUGAUGACGAAAUGACCACAGAGGCGGAAUGGAAGUGUUCUCAUUUCAUUGUUCUUCUCCCCGUGUAACAUGCCUGGACACUGCCUAUAUGUAAUAAAGAAAGGCGCCCCAAGGACUGCUACAGAAUUACAAA